AAACAAAUCUCUUUAUCUGCGUGUGUGUGGGUGCAUAACAAAAGACAAAAAUGAAUUCGUCAGGUCCUCCUGUGAAAUGUGGAUACUGUAGCUGGCUAAUACAAGGUUGUCCAAAUAUCCUACAACACAAAUGCUUGGAGCAUUAUGACGAGCACGUAGAGUGCCUGAAAGUUGAUGAAAAUAUUGUUACUUUGGUACCAAGACCAGGCGUUACGGAAUCUCCAAGUACCGAAGAGGUCGAUGAUGAGAAUGUACUGUGCGACGAGUUUCUCAUUGAAGCUGUUUCCAAAAGAGUCUUUUCAAAUCAGCAACACCUUGGGAGGUUGGUGCGAAUAGUAAUGUUCUGACGAUCAAAGCUAGUUAGGUUAGGCUAGCUAGUUGGCUAUCUUCAAGUAGUCAAUAAGUCCAUAUUCUAUCAAAUGUUACAGGCAUAACUACAGAUGAUGCGAAAAAAAGAUGGCAAUAUGUACGAGAUUGUGAAAUGAAGGAAAAAACGAAGCAGCAGACAUACACACCUAGCGGGUCUGCAGCUGGCGCAUUAAAAAAACCGUCAUUCCGACAUUAUGACCUAUAUAAUGAAGUUUGUGGGCGACUCGUUACCGAAUACAUAAAUUUUUUGAAAUCUUGUGUUAAAAUUUUUUUCGGCUGGAACUCGGAGAAUCGUCGUCAAUGAGCCUUUUUCUUGAAGUACGAAAAAUUACUCACUAGCAGCGCUAGUAGUUCGGUAGGGACAAACACUGUCUAACCCCCAUAUAAACACAGUAAAAUGCACUAAAAAAAAAUGUUUUUAACAGAAGACGACGUUCCUGGAGCAAAACUAAAAUUUGCAACCGUAAAAGACAACAAUGUAGUAACACUAAAACGUUGGCUUGCGUGCCGUAAUUUAAAAGUUACCG